AUGUUGACUAGAUCUAUCCGAAGAUCAAGCCAGUGCUGGAUGCAACAUGGCAAGAUGGAAAUCGGGCAGGAGGUUGUCGAUGCAUGCCUUGUCAAUGAUUGGUCACUGCAAUGUUUCUAUACUAGUGUAGCUCACCGUAUGCUAAGCAAAGACCCGUCCCGGCACCCCGGAUUUGGGGAUGCCGGGGAAAGUGGGAAACGGGACGGGGCAAAACAUGUCAUUGGUUUGCUCACCGGCUCACUUGAAACUAAGGUAGGCUUCAUGGUUGAGCACCCCGUCUCUGGCUCCGGCCUCACCGACCUCGAAACUCAAAAGGAAGGCCUCGUAGGGCUCGCGGAGAUUUUGUAG